AUAUUUUCUAAAUUUAUGUCAAUCAAUUUUCAUAAAUAUAAUGUUCAAAAAGUUUAUUAUAUUUUCAAUUUGGGUUUUCAUGAUUUGGAAUUUAUGUUUGGGACAAUCAACAGAUCCGUGUUCUUCAGAUAUUUUCAAAAAUUGUGUAGAAUGUCAAAUGCACGAGUCCUAUAUUUAUUUGUAUGGUUGCUUGAAUUAUACCUGCCAAAUUGUUGAAAAUCCUAUACUCGAUGAAACAAAACAGAAAAUCAAACAGUUUGAAAAUGGUUUGCAGGAUAUCAUCAGCUCCAGACGUAAUGUGAAAACGUUGGUAAUUAAAAAUUCACCACUGACAAUUAUUCCAUCUGCAGUAAGAAAUUUAGUCAAUAUAAUUGAACUUCGAAUUGAACGCUGUUGUUUAAAGUUAAUUCCCGAGGGACUUUUUAGCGGGCUUCAAUCAUUAAAAAAUUUGUCGUUUGAAGGCAACCAGAUUAAUCAUCUUCAAAGCGGUUUGUUCGACGGGCUGAACAAUCUGGUGUCAAUCAACUUGAGAUCGAACGAGAUCAACGGAAUAGAUGACGACGUCUUCUCAAACGAAAAUGAUCUUCCAUCAUUAACUACUUUGGAUUUAAGUUACAACAACCUGACAAGCGUUGACGCCUGGAUUUUUAUCAGAUUAUUUUCGAUGAGAUUUGUAUACAUAAACCUUCGUUUUAAUAAAAUUAAUUCUUUUACUAAUAGAAAAAAAUGGUUUUAUGUUUGUGAAAAUUUUAUUAAUAGAACAUUUAAUUUUCAGUUGAGUCUUUACAGGAACGAGUUGAAACAUAUCAGCGACUUAUUAAUUUUUUUUCCAAAGUUUGAUGAUGCUAUUUGUUUUUUCAAGCGGCAAUCUCUAGGUCAUCGUCAAGGUCAUCCAGUAAUUGAGUUAGCAGAAAAUGCAAUAACAUGUGAUUGCAUUGAUUACGAUUUAAUAACAUUUGCUACAAAGGACCAAGCUGUUGCGAUACUUGAUGGCGUUCGCUGUCGGAGUCCACCUCGUCACAUGUACUCCAAACUUUUUCAGAUUCCUCUCAGCGAGUUUCAGUGCGAGCUGACACCAUGCCCAGAUGCGUGUCAAUGUGCUGAGAUACCAUUUUAUGAGAGCAUCUAUGUUAAUUGUUCUUCAAAACAGCUCAAAACGUUACCUCCACUUUUACCCACAAAAACGAAUUUAAAUCAUUCAAGAUAUCAUUAUAAUUUAACAUUCAGUCGUAACAUGAUUAGUUCAAUGGACGAUCGAUUUUAUUUGAGCAGUACGACUGUGUUGGAUCUCAGUUAUAAUGAACUAAAUCAAUUCGAUCUGUCGACUUUAAUGUUCUCAACUACUUUAGAAGAAUUAUAUUUGCAUUCAAACAAUCUGGUCUCAGUGCCGCCUGAAUUUUUGCAGAAAUCUUUUCCUAAACUGAAAGUGCUAACCCUUCAUGACAAUCCUUGGGAUUGUUCCUACGAGAAUAAAUUUUUGAAAUCAUGGAUGAUGAGUUUAAAAAAUGGGAAUGUAAGUUUGUUGCAUGAAAACAGCAUCCUAUGCCGAACUCCGACAAGACUUUCAGGCAAAAGUAUUUUCUUCGUGAAGGACGAGGAGUUUGCUAACGACCCGAAAAUUAAUUAUAGAAACAGGGUGAUACUGUGUAUACUUAUUCCUUUAUUUGCCAUUGAAAUAUUUGCAUUAGCCAUAUUCCUAAUACUUAAAAAAUUCAAAGUAAAAUUGUACACAUAUCUGAACAUACACCCUUUUGACAGAGACGAAUGCACAGACGAGUACAUGGAAUAUGACGCUUUUAUCAGCUGUGCCUUUUCCGAUAGAUGUAGAGCGAUUGAACUUGUUUCAACUUUGGAGAACAGAGGCUACAAAGUCUGCUACCCUGAGAGAGAUUUCAUUCCAGGUGAGCCGACAACAAGUUUCGUAUCAAAGAGUAGACGAGUCAUUUACUUAUUGACGUUGGAUUUCGUCAACACACCUCGUUGUUUGUUUGAAUUUCAAAUAUCUCUGCAAAGGAAUCUGGAAGUGAAGCACAAGCGAAUAAUUGUUUUGCUGGACAGUUCAUUAAAAGUCGAUCAGAAAUUAUUACCAAAUGAUAUGUUCAAUUUUCUGACAACACACCAUUGCAUUGACUUGCUUAAAAAUAACUGGACUAAUCAACUGUUUUACAGCUUACCCAUCAAACCGUUAAGAAGAUUAAUCAAUGAAAAAGAUGCGAUUAACAAUAACUGCAUAUUUAUUAUUAAACAAAUUUUUCAUUUAAAUUUUUACAAACUCUCAUUCAUGAAAUAGCGAUAGUUGUGGUUACGAAAUCUACUGCAAAAUAUGCGAUUAAACACGUUUGCAGGCAUCAAAUUUUGUGGCUUUAACGAACAAACCAAUGAAUGUUAUAAAAAAAUUUUAUUUGAAUGAUUGGCUAGCAAAUUUUCUUUCCAUAAAUUAUUCAGCCUUGUAUGAAUGCCUGUGAUGUAUGUAUUGAUGUUAUUCCGUGCUUAACGUACGGUUUUUUUGAAAUUUGCUAAGAUUUUUUUUAAUGUGAUUUC